CUUUUGCGUGCUGGUUUGUCAGUACCUCAGUAUAGCUCUUAACUUCCUCUUGCAAGUUGAAAGUGACCACCAAAGUGAACCUGAAAUAAGAGACUCGGAAAUAAAGACUGGCAUACAAGAUAAAUGUCUUGCAUGCACAACUUCAAAGACGAUUCAGCAACUGAUCCUUUCAGGUACCCCAAAUUAGUUACUGAGGGUUGAUUUGUCCAAGAGAAACUGACUGCCCCAAACCACUCCAGCUGGGGCUGACCUGAGCAUCCAGGCAGCAAACAUCAUAUCCCUGUCUGAGGACCUGAAGGAAGUCUCUUUGUGACUUGGGUCCAGUUGCAUGCUGUUGCUCUCCUGCCCCAGGGGAGGCUGAUGCAUGUGUCACCUCUGCUGCUCUUUCCAGAAGAAGAUGAAGGUGUUGCUGAGGCUGACUCUGGUGCUGACAUGGCUGGGUAAGCUAGCGAUGCUGCGGGUCGGCUGGAUGGGUGUUCAUGGAGCCGCAGCUUCAAGCCAGUGCUGGGGACUCUGUGCUGCUGCAGUGCCUCUUCCUAGACCCGCUGGCCAAGGGCUGGACCAUGGCCAAAGUGGACUGGCUGCGCCUGGCAGGAGCUGGCACGCAGAAGCAGGAGGAGAUGGUGUUUUAUUACUACAGCAACCAUAGCAUCCCUGUGGGCCGUUUUCGGGAGCGGGUGCAGUGGCAGGGGGACGUGUCCCGCUGGGAUGGUUCCAUCCAGCUGCAGGAUGUGCAGGUGAACGACAGCGGCACGUACGUGUGUGAGGUCCGGCUGCUCCAGCGCAGCAGCAUCUUCAAGAACCACACGGUGCUGCACGUCAGCCCCACAGAACAGAGAGCAGGACGCGGAGCAGCAGGCGCCCAGGAUGCUGCAGCCCUAGGAGACACUGGGUUUUGGCCUCUGGCUGUGGGCUGUGGCUGUGUGGCCGUUGUGCUGGCUUUCCUGGCCGGGCUCAGCCUGAGGAAGAGGUCUGCAGCCAACAUGGCCCUGGAGAGGACUGGGAAUGGUGGCAGCAAGAACAGAGCAGAGGAAGCACUGUAUUCCUCGAUCCCUGGAGCUGAGGUACCCAAGGCUGAACAGGGUGCAGGGAAGAAGAAGAGACCUGAGGAGACCUACAUAACCAUGCACCCAUCUCGCUUCCAGGAGAACGGUGUCUACGUGGAGCUGGCCAGGAGGGUGAUCCCAGCUGAAUGGAUGGGAGAAGGGAGACAAGGUGAUGGACAAGGCGAGGAACCCUACAGCAGACCAGAGGUGGCACUUCCCAGGGCUCCAGAGCAGGAGAAAUAGCUGUGCUGGGGGAUGUAAGCCCUUAGCCAGCAGGUGUGUGCAAGGGAUCUCUGUUCCUCUGGGCAGGCAGUGUUCUGCUGCUGUCAGCCCUUCCUCUAACAAGUGGCGCCACUUCACCGUGUGCCCCAUGCCAGAGUCAUUGCUGGAGCACAUCCCACGCAGGAUGCCUGUGGGGACCAGGGAAGCUGCGUCUUUCUGGCUCUCAUCUCCUGGUCUCUGGAGGGGGGAACAGUGGGCACAGCCCCCCCACUGUAGCUUUUGAUGCUGGUCCAUGCAGCUCCGGGUCCCGAGAUAACCGUCUCCGAGGAGAGCC